UAUUCUCCAGUAUUUUUUUAAAAUUAUUUCUAAACAUUUAAUUUUUUGUGUUAAUUCUCGAAAUAUAACAAAAUGAGCUUGACGCCAGCCUUACAGCCUUGGGAACGCAUAGCCUGGAGUCCAGAACAUGAACAAAUUAUAUACCGUGACUGGGGCCUAUUUUAUACACACAAACAACAGCUGGAUAUAGCUGUGCAUUAUUAUAAUAAAUCUCUGGAUCUAAAAAGUGAUGAUCCCAAAGCUUUGUAUUUCCGCAGUCGUUGCAAGCGUAAUAUAGCACAAACCGAUGGUGCUUUGGAAGAUGGUUUAGCAGCAAUGGCCAUUGAUGAUAACAAUGCUCCUAUUAAUCUGGAAAUUUGUGAUGCUUUGUAUGAGUUAAAUAAAUUUGAAGAUUACAAAGUUCAACUACACGAUAAUACACGGAAGUUUUUUGGCAAAAAGGUCGCAGCCUUUUUAAAUCGUUUAAUAGUGGUUGAUGAAAAUUUUAAAGAUACUAUUGGUGAAACUUUGGGCCCCUUUAUUUUAAAAAAUGAAAAAUAUUUUGCUGCGGUUUUGGAAAAAAUUGAACGUGAGAAACAUAUAGAUCCCCGGCCGUUGUGGAAGAUACUUAAAGACCAGGAAAAAUGUGAUGUUUUGAGUAUUUUGGAAAAAGAGGAACUUUUAUUGUCACCCAGAGAAUUGGCUCGUCGACGACGUGCUUUUAAAGUCUUCAAUCAAAUUUAUUUCAACAAAAGUUGGAUUGAUGUUAUAUUUCUAAAGCACUUAAGGGAAAACAAAAAUCUUUUGUUGCCCCAGUCCAAAGUGUCGACACCAUUUCUGCGCCAACUUACCCAUACAAAAUAUGAUGUAGUCAUCAAGUUUUUGAAAAUGUUGCAAGCUCGUAGUCCCUUAUAUACAGAACAAGCACGCAAAUGUCCUGACAAAAAAAUAUUCGAUAUGCAUCGUGAGGCUCAUUUAAAUCGGGUACAAUAUCAAACUCGUCGUACAAUGUUAUCAGAAAUGCGAAAUAUACGAAGUCUUAGACAAAAAGGAGAUAUAGAGAAACUUUCAAAACAUGUGGAGAGUGUAAUGGGAGAUUAUGUGGUUUUAAAAACUCAUCGUGUUAUGCCUUGGAAAUUUGAAUAUAUAAAUGAAGUCUACAAUACAUUGGCCUUGGCUCAUGCUGAUCGAUAUACCAUAAGCGAUACUAUCUUGCAAGUAAAAGAAAAGGAAAGAUUACUUGUACUACUACGUAUGCCCACCGAUAAAUAUAAAGAUGUGGUACAAUUUGUGUUUGGCGACAAAUCCACCUAUCAAGAACCUGAUGCCCCUGAUUAUGCCUUAAUGGCUUAUAAAAAAUUUCUGGCCCGCUUAGAAAAACGCAUGAUAUUUGCUAAAUAUUCCAUAGAGAAAUGUUAUUUAUUGCAUGAAAUUGCUCGUGCUCAUUUGGCUCAAAGUCGUUUUGACGAAUGUUGUUCGUGGGCCCGGAAGGCCGUGGAAGAAACCAAAAAUUGCAACAGUCUUUUGUGGCAUUUCCUUAGUAUUAUGCUAAUUGUAAAGGCUCAUGCUGUUUUGCAUAAAAUCGAACGUGGCAAAGAGGCCCUAGAUGAGGCCUUUAUUAUAGCUCAACGACUUAAAAGUGACAAGCUAUGUUCUUUUAUUGAAAUUGGUCGUGCCAUUAAUGAACAGGAAAUAUCUCUAAAGAAACGUACACAAUCGGUAGACUCUAUGCGUAAACGUCGCAGUCGUUCCUCUAUUAUGAGUCAUUAUUCGCAACAAUCGAAAAGUAGUAUGGAGGAGUGUAUAAAGUCUUCCUCGGCAUAAUUACAAGAAGUGAAGGGAGAGAA